AUGAACGAAGAUCAAGUGAAGAAAGAUAUAAUCGGAGCUCCAGAAAGUCAUAUGUGUCUAAGAAGAACAAACAACUCCACACUGAACGAGAAUCUUUACGUAGAAGAAAGUAUUAUCAGAGAUCCGGUUCGUAUAAUCAGCAGAGAUCCAGGACUCCAGUUCCGACUUAACGGAACCGGAGUCGAAGCUCCAUAUUUUUUACGACUGUUCAUACUGUUACUUAUUUUAUUAGGGUUAGGAGAUGUUUUGCAAAAUCGAUAUGAAAUACUUGGAACUCUUGGUGUGGGUACAUUUGGUAAAGUCGCUAAAAUUAAAGAUUUGGAAAUUGAUCAUCACAUGGCUUUGAAAAUAAUAAAAAAUGUUGAAAAAUAUCGAGAAGCUGCUAAACUGGAAAUUAAUGUCUUGGAAAAAUUGUCUGACAAAGAUCCUGAUUCUGAAUAUCUUUGUGUUAAGAUGCUGGAUUGGUUUGAAUAUAAAGGACACAUGUGCAUUGCAUUUGAGAUGUUGGGGUUGAGUGUUUUUGAGUUUCUGAAAGACAAUAACUAUCAUCCAUAUCCCCUUGAACAAGUUCGUCACAUAGGGUAUCAGUUGUGUUACGCUGUAAAAUUUUUACACAAUAACGGAUUAACACAUACUGAUUUGAAACCUGAAAAUAUUUUAUUUGUUGAAUCAGUUUAUGAUAUGGUAUAUAGUACUGAAAUACAAAAGUAUGUUAAGAGAAUUAGAAGAACUGAUAUUAAGCUAAUUGAUUUUGGUAGUGCAACUUUUGAUCAUGAACACCACAGCACAAUAGUAUGUACUCGUCAUUACAGGGCACCUGAAGUCAUUUUGGAAUUGGGAUGGUCACAACCCUGUGAUGUGUGGUCAAUAGGUUGUAUCUUCUUUGAGUUGCAUUUAGGAAUAGCCCUCUUUCAAACUCAUGAUAACAGGGAACAUCUGGCGAUGAUGCAAAGAAUACUUGGAGAAUUUCCUGCGAACAUGAUUAGAAAAACUGAAACAAAAUAUUUUUACAAAGGAAAGCUUGAUUGGGAUGAAAAAAGUUCACUUAGUAGAUAUAGAUAUAUCAGAGAUAAUUGCAAACCGCUUAUAAGAUAUAAGCACUUUGACGAUUCAGAUCAUAACUCUUUAUUUGAUAUGAUNGCUUCAAUUUAUUUGGAAAAAGCCUUCCACUCUGCUUGCAUAAGAUUAUACAACUUGGCAAAUAUUUUGACUGCUUCAUUGUUUCGGUUUGGUUUACUCGAGGUAUGA